GCGUGGCAUGCAAUUAUGGAUAAAUGGGAUCUUGAACUCGGUCUUGCUCUCCCAAGCAAUUCUCCUUGUGCAGGCUCUAAUGAUGAUAUGGAGGAGGAAGAGGUUACACAUCCCACUCUGUGUCUCCUUCCGUUAACCCCUGGCCACUCAUGGAGGAAGAAACGGCAUAGGAUGUACGUGAAGGUGAAGAUGGAAGGUGUAGGGAUUGCAAGAAAGGUUGACCUCACCAUGCACCAUUCAUUUCACACCCUUAACCAUGCCUUGCUCCACAUGUUUGGAAAACCCCCUCAUCAAUUCUCAAACUCCUAUCGCCUCCUUUUUCAGGACCAACAAGGCCAUUGGCUUCUCGCCAAAGAUGUCCCAUGGAGAACUUUCCUUAACUCUGCGCAGCGUCUCAAACUGCUCCGAACCACCACCACCAUCGUACGAAAUUAAUAAUUAAAAAUUAUUAGAUAAUUUAAUAUGUUUAAUUAAAUUAUUAUCAAAUAAUUUUUAAUUAUCAAUUUCACAAGAAG